AUGCAACACAAAACUCCACUAAACUCCCCACCAACACCGACCAUGGCCGACCAUUUCGCCCGGUUCUCGUCCAUGUUGGAGUCGGCACGUGACCUCACCAUUGAGGCCGCCGUUUCUGCCUCGACCCGCCUCACAGAGACGCCGAGUGCCAAAAGACCCCAGGAAAUCAGUAAGUUACUCAAUUCCAGAAACGAACGGGAGGUGCUCAGCGGGAUGAAGUGUGUGAUUUCGCUCGUGUCACGUGGCGAAGACGGGGUCCAGUAUUUUGCCGAUGUGGUCAAGAACGUGACGCUGCUGAACCCUAGAGUUAGAGCGUUGGUAAUGGUAUAUAUUCAGAAAUACGCAGAGCGAGAGCCCGACACGGCGCUCUUAUCGAUCAACUCUGUCCAGAAGGCGCUCGGGGAUAAAAGCCCGCGCAACCGUGCGGCCAGUAUACGGACAUUGGGUGGGAUCCAGAUCCCCGAGAUAGCGUCGUUGCUCAUUCUUUGUAUUCGUAGAACAGUGAUGGACCCGCUGCCCAUUGUGCGGGCGGCGACCGCGUUGGCGAUCGGGAAGGCGUACGAGAUCGAAGGCGUAAAUAGGAAGCAGCUUUUGAAGGACUUGCUGGUGCUUUUGGGCGAUGCACUGCCCGUGGUGGUGGGUCCGGCCAUCAAGGUGUUCGUGCAGCUAAAACUGGCCAUGGCCAAGUCUCUGCUGGCGUCGAUGUCGAUGACCAAGAUCUGGACGCCGAUCCACUCGAAUUUCCGUAUGUAUGUGCGCAUGCUUGCAGAGCUCGAUGCCUGGAGUAUGGCUAUGAUGAUAGACUUGUUGGUCGAGUAUGCUCGCCGCUUUUUGCCUAGACCCACCGUCGUGUUCUCUAACGGAACACAGAUGGAUCUUCCUGGAACUGCGCAUGGGUUUGCCAGUCUUGGGAGCAACUAUUCGUGUACCUAUGAUCCCGAUCUUUCUCUGUUUCUUCUGGCAUUGGAGCCUAUGAGCCACAACGACAGUCCUCAGGUGGUGCUCGCAUCCUUGAGGGCAUUGAUCCUGCUCGGCACGCCUAGACAUAUCAUCGACUUUGGUUUCCCUGAUGCGUUGGUGAGAUCCUCCCUCUUGGCCACAGAUACACUCACCCGCUUAUACUCCCUCCAGUGUAUUUCUGUGCUUGCCCUGGCCAGCCCGGAGAUCUUCCGUGGCCACACUCGUAAAUUCUUCAUUUCAGGAAACGACAGUAGCAGCAUUGCCGAGUGCAAAAUCUACAUCAUGCUGUGUCUCUUCGCACCAGAGAACGGUAAAAUAAUAAUGCUGGAGUUGAAAUAUAACGCAUUCAGCCAAAAUGUCGACAUUGCUAGAGCUGCAGUGAAAGCAAUUGGCCGCUGCUCACAGACCUCUCCUGAGUGGGCUGACAAGGUUCUCAGAUGGUGUAUCGCUGAGACCACCACUGCUGCAUCUUCGCCUGUGAUGGCAGAACUUCUUACAGUGAUACGAUACUUGUUGCAGCAGAAACAAGGCGCUGACUUGGAUGAAAAUCAAUUAAUUAAAACGCUAUACAAGCUCAGCGUGGUGUUGAGUGCUACAGACCAGCAGGCUGAUGCAGCCGCCAAAUCGAGUAUCAUAUGGAUCAUUGGUGAAUUCACGGAAGCCACUAAAAAUCUCCUUGGCCCCGAUGUGGUCCGCCGUUCCCUAAAAACUUUCGUGCACGAGCCUGAAAAGGUUAGAUAUGAGCUAUUGAUGCUUGCAGCAAAAUCGUAUCUGUACGAGAUACGCACGGUGGGAGCGAAAACGCCGGAUUCAAUAGUGGGUAAGAUGUUUCACCACAUAGUACAUUUGUGUCGUUAUGAUUCUUCGUUCGCUACGCGUGACAGAGUCAGGAUGCUCGAGCAAUUGUUCGAAGAUGUCGACAAUCAUCAAUUGGCGACUCUCUUCUUGCAGGUACCUAAGCCAGCCCCAGUAUUUUCAAAAUAUGAAAAUUCUGCUACAUCUACAUUAUCCGCAUAUCUCAUAUCACCCGAAUGGGCAGACCCAGACACACUUCCUCCUAAGACAAUUAGAAAAGAGACCACUCCACAAGCACCUAGAUUCAAAGGAAUCAAUAGCGAAUCGUUUAUGGACAAGAGUGGCUCCGCUCUGGCCAUUUCAAGUGACAAUAUUGGAAGCGGGUUCUCAGCGCCAAUCUCAGCAGCCAAAAAUCAGCUCCAGAGUUUGGAUGAGUUUUUUGGAAAUGAAGAGGAGUCCGAGGAAUCACACUCAGAAACAGAAUCAGAUGAAGACACUUCAGAGGAGGAUGAAGACUCAGAGGAGGAAUCAGAUGAAGAAGAGACCGAACAAGCAUCGGAAACAGAAGCCGUUUCAGAGAACGAAUACCUGUCAUCUGAGGAAUCUGAUGAAUCCGACGAUUCAGAAGUCGCGUUGGUUCAAGACUCGAAGAAUGGUAAAGCCUCCCAUGCAUACAAUUCGGAUUAG